GAAAAGUAUUUUUUGAUUAUGUUCCUAAAGUUAUAAUGCGGUUAAUGCAUUCCCCCCUGACCAUAUGGAAUUUCUUAUGUAUCCUUUGAAGGAAUUGGUUACGCCUGAUAGUUAAUGGAAACUAAAGAGACAAAACGUUCCAAAUUUAAUUUUCUUUUCAGCUGAACUUUUGAAUUAGGCACAGUUUCUCAUGAUGCGGGAUCGAUAUGAUCCGUGCACCUUCAAUUGAGCUACUUCAGACUUCGAUACAGUCGCCAGUAGGAACCAACCAAAAGAGUCAAGCUGCCACAGUUUCAGGCAAACCGAAAAACGUAACUUUCCCGAAAUCAUCGAUGGUAACUUUUUUACCCGAAUUGAACCACUCGGCUCAAUCAGUACACACUCCAAACCCUGGUAAUAACGACUCGACGAAUGGAAAAUGUCUUCGAAGUGUCGGAGGCAGAGGCACUCCUCAUAAUACGAAACUGACGCCGUCGACCUUAUCUUCAUGGCAGUCGCACUCCAGGGAUACGCUUGGUCAAAGCCCCGCAGUGUCUGACGUGUUGUGCAACGGGUCUCCGUCAGAAUAUUUCUUAAAGUUGAAGCGGGAAGAUUCUGAGAGAACAGAGUCAAAUUGCAGUCUUUCUCACGAAGAGUGGAAGGGUACGCUGCCGUCGUACUUCGAUGAACAAGAAGAGGCAGAGAGAAUCAAGAAAGAGUCGGUGUGCGGUGCAAAUGGACUUUCGCUGCGUCCUAGCUUUAAUUCAGUUACUGCUAGCAACAGCAGACGGUACUCUCAGGUUGUACAGCAGUUUAUGCAGAAGAACGGCCUAAUCACACCAAUCCCCGACACAGCGCUAGUAGCUCGCCAAGCUGACCAAGCCAAAAAGACCGACCCUUCCUACGUAAGUUGGGGUUCAGUCGAUUUUGGAGCAAUUGAGAUUUCGAAACUCAACCAAACGAACUUAUCUGCUUCAAGUGAAACAGGAAAAAAUUCCCCUGGUGCACCGCUGUCGGCCGAAAGCUUCAAGGUGAAGUCAGCCUUCACUCCCAACCGCAGCAUCGAGCCUUGCAGCACUUUGGGCAACUUCUCGAACGCGGCGUCGUAUACGGACGCAGGAGUCAACACCCAGUCCCCCGUCUUGACGCCGGUCCUCAAAGAUAACUUGCUGAAAAAAACGAGCGUCAGCGAAAGCUCCAGCGAUUCUGGAGCUACCAACGGUGCUGAGUCUCCUGAAACAAUGGAUCAAAAGAAAGGAAAAAAAAAUUCGUUGUGGAUCACUCCACCACGGCGGCCUUCAAGCGUCGUCGGGUCUCCAUGCCAGGUUUCCAUCACAGAACGGGUCACUCCAGUUUUCCACGCGUCAGCGGUCCGACCAAACCGCCAUCAGGUUCUGGCCAUCAGUGAAGACGCCGCUGAAGAGCAGAGCAAGAAACUCCAGCAAAUGAAGAUGGGGGCGAUAGCGAUGAUCGUUCUUGGAACUGUAAUAGUAAUAGCCUCGAUCAUUGCCAUCAUUGUGCUCAUGGCUUGACACGCACCACAAUUCUGAAAGAGUUAUUUGAAAAAAAACGGCGCACCCCUCCUUCAGGUCAUGCAAGCAAUGGCGGCCAUCUGCAUGAACAACAAGAAAGAACUGAAUUAUUUUGCGCUCCAUAGGUAGAUGAAGCGAAUAUUUUAAAACUUGUACAUAACUAUUUGAAAAGUUAAUGCGUUUUGUAUUUAAUAAAAUAUUAUGAGCA